GCGUGUUUUAACGUUUGUUUGUAUCGGGGCAGAACAAGUAAGCAGUCAACAUUACCUGCAGCGCAUGCUGUUUGCUAGACAUUUAACUAACUACGUAACAUGUAGCUUUAUAUUAAGCUAAGCUACAGCUAUUUUAUUUUAAUGUAAAAUGUCGGAAACGGUAUCUUCAACACGGAGCGGAUUUCUAGACUUCAGUCCAGUAAAGCGAGACGACGCUAACAAGGAGAAUGAUGUUCCGACUUUGAGUUUAAUCCAGUUCUCAAAGGCUCCCUUUGUGACAUUUGGAGCAGUAAAGGUGGGAACCUCUAGGUCGGCUGUUCUGCGUAUUGAGAACCCUACAGAGGAUGGAGACGCGGAGGUUACUGUUGAGAAGAUCCCCUCGAGUAAAGGCUUUUCUGUGGACCACAGCACGUUCACGAUCCAGCCUGAGAGUUCCUUCAGUUUGACAGUAACCUGGACUCCAACAGAAGAAGGUGGAAUCAGAGAGCUCAUCAUCUUCAACGCCAAUGGGGUUCUCAAGCACCAGGCUGUUCUGCUGGGGAGAGCAGAAGCUCCAAAAAAGAAAAAGAAAAGCUUAUGGGACACAAUUAAAAACAAAAGAGAGGGUGAAAAAGUAGCUGCACCCAGGAGAAAGAAAACAGAACCACCACUGAAGAUGGCGGCCAAUAAAACCUUCCAAGUGUCCCGAAAGCCACAAUACAAACGAGAAAAGCCACGCAGCCCACUUGCUUCUCUCAACGAGGGCAAAUCUGUCAGACAGAGGUCCCUCUCCAAGCGCUGUCCCAUUGACGACCCUCAGAUAUCAGAGAAGCAGAAGGCCCUGAAUUCCACCCAGAGGCAACGGUCUCUGGCCUUGUCGGACCACGAGAAUACCCAUCAUGUUCAGGGAAACUCUCCUCUUGUCCUACUCGUCCCAGCCGGAAAGCUGAUGGACUCUGGCAAUGUGUCUGCAAGCCCAGAUUUCUUUCCGGUCAAACCUGAAAACCCAGAUCUUACCAAAAUGCUUAACAGGACGCUGUCACCUAUUGGGACACCAGAGAGGUUUAAGAAGCUCAUGCCUCAUAUUCAGUCAGAUAGCCCACUUUCUGAGGCUAUAAAGUGUCAUGCUGAUUUUGAUAAUGUUGACAAAGUGUUAACUGGAACCCCGAUUCCAUCUUUAAAAGAUGCGCUGGCCCUCAUUGACUCUGAUCUGAGCCACAUUAUCACCAGUCCUCGAGACACUAGUUCGAGCUGUGGCUUUUCAGAUUCACUGGAAUCUAAGAGUGGGAAUCACGACUCUGGACCUGACCGAAAUGUCCUCAAAGCAUUACCCGAUAGCCCACAGGUGUCUGAGUCCAAUGAGCCGAGACUUACUUUCUUUGUCAGCAAAAAGAUUGUUGUGAGUGAGGUUGUUCAUUCAGAGGUGGCUGUGAGUGAGGUUGUUCAUUCAGAGGUGGCUGAGGAAAUGGAAAGAGUCAAAAAGGCCUCUUUUACCUCUACCACAGUGACCAAGAGUAAACCAACAGUGGAGACAAGUGGUUCAAGUGGAAGGAAAAUAAAGAAGUCAAGGCGAAAGCUGUUGGAAAGAACACUUGAGCUGUCUGACGGCAGCAGUCCGUGCGAGUCUGGACCAGGCACUCCAAUCCUUCCUGUUAUCGACCCAGUCACAGGAACCGAUGGGUGGCAAAACGUUGAGGCUGUUAGCUCCCCAUGUGAUGAUGGUCAUCAAACCCAGGGGUUAAUCUCCAGCCGGACUCCACAGCUCGAUGACUCGCCUACGCCCAUCACCUCCCCUCUAUCUACAGCUCCUGCUCGCUUCUCUUUCUCAGUCGCUUCCCAAUCUCCUGCAGCCGCCGCACCCAUCACUUUCGCUGUCACCUCUUCGUCGCCCUUGAGUUCAUCUUCUCCUCUACACCUCGGCCCCACAUCCAAUGUGUAUCACUUGUCUGCAACUGUUUCAGCACCUCCACCUGUUAAGGAAGACUCAUUUCCCGUUCACAUGGCUGUGAAGAGCAAGAAGAGGAAGAGUGAGGAGUAUUUGAAAAGUGACGGGAACAUCGAGGAUGCUGGGAAAACGGAGCGUGUCAAAAGGAGCAGGGUGGUAAUUGGGAAAACUGAGCCCCCAAGAUCAGUCCAGGAAAGAAGUGCGUCACAGAGGCAACAGCCAAGAACAACAGGCUCAGUGCGCUCAAUGACUACAUCAUCUCUAAAGACUGCAAGGUCUGUGGUUCCUGCCCAGGCAAAGCAAUCAAACUCCAAACUCACCUCACGAGGUGUACAGUCUUUGAAGUCAUAUGGCGCUCCAUCUGUGAAGACUGCAAAAGUUAUUGCUGUAGCUCAGUCAAAGCUGACCUUCAUUAAGCCAGCACAAACAGCCUUACCGAGACACCCGAUGCCGUUUGCUGCCAAGAACAUGUUUUAUGAUGAGAGGUGGAUUGAGAAGCAGGAGAGGGGAUUCACAUGGUGGAUCAACUACGUCCUCACCCCAGAUGACUUUAAAGUCAACACUGAAGUCGCUAAAGUGAACACUGUGUCCAUUGUCAUGGGCAGUGAUGACAAGUUCAGUGUGCCCAAAGCUCCCACCAAAGAGGAGAUGUCUUUUAGCACCUACACGGCCCGACGGAAGCUAAACCGCCUCCGUCGUUCUGCCUGCCAGCUUUUCACGUCUGAGGCCAUGGUCAAGGCUAUUCAGAGGCUUGAGCUGGAGGUGGAGUCCAAGAGGCUGCUUGUCCGCAAAGACCGCCAUCUUUGGAAGGACAUAGGUGAACGCCGAAAAGUCCUCAACUGGCUUCUCUCAUACAAUCCGCUGUGGUUACGGAUUGGGCUUGAGACAAUCUACGGUGAGUUGAUUUCACUGGAGAGCAACAGUGAUGCUGUGGGUCUGGCUAUGUUCAUCCUCCAGCGGCUGCUCUGGAACCCAGACAUCGCCGCGGAGUUCAGACACGCAAGAGUGCCUAACCUUUACAAAGACGGCCACGAGGAGGCGCUGUCCCGCUUCACACUGAAGAAGCUGCUUCUGCUGGUGUGUUUCCUGGACAAGGCCAAAGAGUCUCGGCUGAUCGAGCACAACCCCUGUCUGUUCUGCUUGGACGCAGAGUUCAAGACAAGUAAAGACCUGCUCCUGGCUUUCUCCAGGGACUUCCUGAGUGGAGAGGGGAUCCUCCCCCGGCACCUCAGCUACCUCGGCUUAACCGUCUCCCACGUUCAGACGCCCCUGGAUGAGUUCAACUUCGCUGUGAAGAAUUUGGCAGUUGACUUGAAAUGUGGAAUUCGUCUAGUGCGUGUGAUGGAGCUCCUUAUCCAGGACUGGAGUUUGUCAGUGAAACUCCGUUUGCCAGCUAUCAGUCGCCUGCAGAAGGUCCACAACGUCGAUGUGGCUUUGCAAGUACUCAAAAGCAGAGGGGUCGACCUCAAGGAUGAACAUGGCUCCACCAUUGAUUCCAGAGACAUCGUGGAUGGACACAGAGAGAAGACACUGAGCCUCUUGUGGAAAAUCAUCUUUGCAUUUCAUGUGGAGGUGAUUUUGGAUGAGGAUCAGCUGAGGGAGGAAAUUGGCUUCCUGAAGAGAACCUUGAGGUCCAAACGGAGGCUGGCGUCUCUGAGGGCUGAUCGAGGCUUUCAGCCGAGUCCUGCAAAGACCAGGGUGGCGUAUGAACACAGCAGCACUAAGAUUACCCUGCUGAUGGACUGGGUCCGAGCUGUGUGUAACUUCUACAAUCUGAACGUGGAGAACUUCACGGUGGCGUUCUCAGAUGGCCGCGUCCUCUGUUACCUUAUCCACCACUACCACCCCAGUCUCCUGCCAGAAGAGGCUGUCAGUCACAGCACCACUCAGACUGUCGAAUGCUCACAGAGAGGCCGCCUGGAGCUCAACUGCUCAGCCAGCGACUCAGACAACUCCUUUGACUCCUUGCCAACAGGCUUGAACGGCCCAGAUUCUCCGUCAGUGGAAUUUAAAGAGCUACUGGAGAAUGAGAAAAACAACUUCAGACUGGUCAACACUGCUGUGUCUUUCCUGGGCGGAGUUCCUGCUAUGAUCAACCCAGCUGACAUGUCCAACACCAUCCCCAACGAGAAGGUUGUGAUGUCUUACCUCUCUUUCUUGUGUGCUCGUCUUCUGGACCUGCGGAAUGAAACCAGAGCUGCUCGGGUCAUCCAGGGCGCCUGGAGGAAAUACAGAUUAAAGAAAGAUCUAAAGCUCUACAAGGAAAGAAACAUGGCUGCUGUGAAGAUCCAAGUAGUUGUGAGGAGUUUUCUCCAGAAGCGGAGAGCUAAAAGGCAGAUUCAAUCUGCUGUCAUCAUCCAGUCAGUCUGGAGGGGUUACGUAGCCCGCAACAGGCUGAGGCUGAAAAAACAGGCUCAACUUCGGGCUCUUCAGCAUGAAGCAGCAACUGUCAUCCAGGCGCAAUGGAGGACGUUUUUGGCAGUCAGGGCUUACCAACGCCUCAUAUACUACACCAUUGUUGUCCAAGCACAAUGGCGAAUGAGGAGGGCAGCGUCUGCUUAUGGAAGAAUCUACUGGGCCGCAACAGUCAUUCAGAAGCACUCGCGAGCAUGGGCUCUUGCACGAAGCGAUCGUGAACAUUAUCUCUCCCUUAGAACUGCAGUGAUGAAAAUACAGAGGGGUUACAGAAGAUGGAAAACCCGGAAAACCGAAAUGGAAAACCGUUCUGCCAAAGUGAUCCAGGCGGCGUUUAAGAAAUGGUACGAGACAAAAAUGGCUGAAAGAACUGCUGCUGCUGUAAAGAUUCAGUCUUGGUAUAGAAUGCAGAGGUGCCUCCAGCAAUACACAAAGAUCAAGACAAGCACUGUGCUCAUUCAAGCCCAAUACAGAGUUCUUGUACAGAGACGCUGCUUUCUGUUGUUGAGGAUGCAACACAACUCUGCUGUUGUCAUACAGAGUGCCUUCAGAGGGCAUGCUGUCAGAAAACAGGUGGUGAAGAUGAGAUGUGCUGCAGUCAUAAUCCAGCGUUGGUUUAGGGCCUCUGUGAAAAGAGACGCGGAAAAGCAAAUAUAUAUGAGGAUGAAAUGUGCUGCCAUUACCAUACAGGCAGCUUAUCGUGGAAAAUUGGCUCGGGAGUCCCUGAAUAAACAACACAAGGCAGCAACAGUGAUCCAGGCAGCUUUUAGGAAGUAUGUGGCCCAAAGACGCUACCUUCUCUUAAGAAAAGCUGCUGGUGUGAUACAGCAAAAGUACAGAGCCACAAUUUCGGCUCGUAAGACAAAGAAGGAUUAUGAUGCUCUUCGAAAUGCUGUUCUCACUGUACAAGCUAACUGGAGAGGUAGAGCUGACAGGAAGACAAUAGAAAGGUGGCAUCAGAGUGCAACCGUGAUACAGGCUUACUACAGUCGGCACAAAGCGCAAGCAGAGUACAAGUCUAAGAAGGCUGCUGCUGUACUCCUACAGCGUCACUACAGAGCUUAUGUUGCUGGAAAGGAGAUGAGGAAAGCAUACCUACACAUGAGAUCAGCCUGUGUUACACUCCAAGCUGGAUUCAGAGGCAUGAGAGUUAGGACAGAGCUGAAGAAAAGGCAUUGGGCAGCGACUGUCAUUCAGUCUUCAGUUAAAAUGUUUUUAUGUAGGAAACAAUACUUUCUCCUACAAAGCGCAGUGAUUAUAAUCCAAAGCCGAUACAGAGCUCUUCUAGUUUGCAGGGCACAGAAAAAUGAAUACAGAGAGCUAAAGCAGGCCGCCAUGAAGAUACAAGCUGUCUACCGGGGAUUUAGAGUGAGGGAAGACCUAAAGAAGAGGACCAACGCUGCAAGGGCAAUCCAAGCUCAAUUCAGGAUGUACAGAAUGCGUAUGACUUACCUCGCCACCAAGUGUGCUGCCAUCAUUAUCCAGGAACACUACAGAGCCAAAAUUUUCAGAGAUCAACAGAAGCAGAGGUACAGAGCAAUAAAAUCUGCAGCUGUUGUCAUCCAGGCAACGUAUCGUGGCCAAAGAGCCAGGAAGAAGAUUGCAGAGAUGCACCGAGCUGCUACAAUCAUUCAGAGAAAGUUUCUCACCAUUCGGGACAGGAAUAGGUUCCUAGCUACCAAGGCAGCAGCUUUGGUUUGUCAGCAAAAGUACAGAGCAGUGAUCAUGGCGAGAAAAGACCGCUUGGACUAUCUGUCGAAGCGCAGGGCAACCAUCCAUCUGCAGGCAGCCUACAGAGGAUAUAAGGUCAGAAAGCAGUUGCAUAUCCAACAUACUGCAGCUGUAACAAUUCAGUCCCAUUUUCGAAGGUACCAGCAGAGAACCUAUUACAAGAUGGUCCAUUGGGCUGCCAAUGUAUUGCAAGCACGUUACAGAGCCAGCAAGAAAAUGAGAGAGGAGAUGCACACGCUGAGUGCCAAGAGAAAUGCAGCUGUUGUCUUACAGGCUGCCUUCCGUGGAAUGAAAUCCAGACGGAUCGUCAAACAAAGGCACCAGGCUGCCAGUGUUAUCCAGAGAGCUUACAAAACAUACUGUGAGCACAAGCAGUAUCUUACCUUGAAAUCCUCCGCCCUCACCAUUCAGAGGAUGUAUCGGGCUACAGUAGCAGCUAAAGCACAAAAAACGCAAUACCUGGAAAUGCGCCGCGCGGCCAUCAUCGUUCAAGCAGCAUACAGAGGGCAGCAGGUCAGAAAGGAGGUUUCUCGUUGGCAUAAGGCUGCCACUGUGAUCCAGUCUGCAUUCAGAAAGUACAGUAGGGAAGUCAAAUUCCAGGCCAUGCGUCUGUCUGCUAUCAUCAUCCAGAGAUACUAUCGCUCCUGUAUUCUUCAAAGACAAGACAGAGAAAAGUUCCUGAAAGCGAGACGUUCAGCCAUUAUUCUUCAGGCAGCUUUCAGAGGUCAUCGUCAGCGACGCAACAUUGCCAAGAUGCACAGGGCAGCUACUGUCAUUCAGACAAACUACAAGAGGCAUAGGCAGCAGUUAGCCUUCAGGAGACAACGCUGGGCAGCUUGUGUCUUACAACAGAGGUUUAGAGCUCAGAGACAGAGAAAUGUGGAGAUAAAACAUUAUCACGAGGUUAGGAACGCUGUUAUUAAUCUACAAGCUGCGUUCCGUGGAAUGAAAUCCAGACACAUCCUCAGGCAAAGGCAUCACGCUGCCAGUGUUGUCCAGAGAGCUUUCAGAACCUACUCCGAACACAAGCAAUAUCUGAAAUUGAAAUCGUCUGUCCUUACCAUUCAGCAAAAAUAUCGAGCUACCAUAGCAGCUAAAGCACAAAGAACGCAAUACCUGGAAAUGCGCAGCGCCGCUAUCAUCGUUCAAGCAGCGUUCAGAGGGCAGCGGGUCAGAAAAGAGGUUGCUCGUUGUCAUCAGGCCGCCACUGUGAUCCAGUCUGCAUUCAGAAAGUACAGCAAGGAAGUGAAAUUCCAGGCCAUGCGUCUAUCCGCCAUUAUCAUCCAGAGAUACUAUCGAGCAUGUAUUCUUCAAAGACAAGACAGAGAAAAGUUCCUGAAAAUGAAACAAUCCACCAUCAUCCUUCAGGCAGCAUUUAGAGGCUGGUGUGUCAGGAGGGACAUUAACCGACAAAAUCAAGCUGCUAUUGUGAUCCAGUCGUGCUGGAGAUGCUCAGUGCACAGGCGUAUCUUCCAAAGGAAGAGGGAGGCAGCUGUGAAACUUCAGCAGAGGUAUCGAGCCACUGUAGCAACAAAGGCACAAAUGAAACAAUACCAGCAAAUGCGGAGAGCAGUGGUCAUCUUUCAGGCAGCAUACAGAGGGCAGCAGGUCAGAAAGGAGGUUGCUCGUUGUCAUCAGGCUGCCACUGUGAUCCAGUCUGCAUUCAGAAAGUACAGCAAGGAAGUGAAAUUCCAGGCCAUGCGUCUGUCUGCUAUCGUCAUCCAGAGAUACUAUCGCUCCUGUGUUCUUCAGAGGAAAGAAAGGGAGAAGUUCCUGAAAGCCAGACAUUCAGCCAUUGUUCUUCAAGCAGCUUUCAGAGGUCAUCGUGAGCGACGUGGUAUUGCCAAGAUGCACAGGGCAGCUACUGUCAUUCAGGCAAACUACAAGAGGCACAAACAGCAGUCAGUCUUUGGGAAACAACGCUGGGCUUCCUGUGUCUUCCAGCAGAGGUUUAGAGCUCAGAGACAGAGAAACGUUGAGGUAAAACAUUAUCAACAGUGCAGAAAAGCUGCUAUCAUGUUACAGGCUGCAUAUCGUGGAAUGAAAUGCAGACAAAUCAUCAAAGAAAGGCAUCGGGCUGCUAGUGUUAUCCAGAGAGCGUACAAAACACACUGUGAACACAGUCAGUAUCUUACCUUAAAAUCCUCCGUUCUCACAAUUCAGCUGAGGUAUCGGGCCACUGUAGCAGCAAAAGAACAAAUGCAGAAAUACCAACAAAUGCGCAGUGCGGCUAUUGUACUUCAGGCAGCGUGCAGAGGCCAGCAGGUCAGAAAGGAGGUCGCUCGCUGGCACUGGGCUGCCACUGUGAUCCAGUCUGCAUUCAGAAAGUACAGUAAGGAAGUAAAAUUCCAGGCUAUGUGUCUAUCCGCCAUUAUCAUCCAGAGAUACUAUCGGGCAUGCAUUCUUCAAAGACAAGACAGAGAAAAGUUCUUAAAAAUGAGACAUUUCGCGGUUAUCCUUCAGGCAGCUUUCAGAGGUCAUAAUGUGCGAACCAACAUUGCCAAGAUGCACAGGGCAGCUACUGUCAUUCAAGCAAACUUCAAGAGGCAUAAGCAGCAGUUAGUCUUCAGGAGACAACGCUGGGCAGCUUGUGUCUUACAACAGAGGUUUAGAGCUCAGAGACAGAGAAAUGUGGAGAUAAAACAUUAUCACGAGGUUAGGAACGCUGUUAUUAAUCUACAAGCUGCGUUCCGUGGAAUGAAAUCCAGACACAUCCUCAGACAAAGGCAUCACGCUGCCAGUGUUGUCCAGAGAGCUUUCAGAACCUACUCCGAACGCAAGCAAUAUCUGAAAUUGAAAUCGUCUGUCCUUACCAUUCAGCAAAAAUAUCGGGCUACCAUAGCAGCUAAAGCACAAAGAACGCAAUACCUGGAAAUGCGCAGCGCCGCUAUCAUCGUUCAAGCAGCGUUCAGAGGGCAGCGGGUCAGAAAAGAGGUUGCUCGUUGUCAUCAGGCCGCCACUGUGAUCCAGUCUGCAUUCAGAAAGUACAGCAAGGAAGUGAAAUUCCAGGCCAUGCGUCUAUCCGCCAUUAUCAUCCAGAGAUACUAUCGAGCAUGUAUUCUUCAAAGACAAGACAGAGAAAAGUUCCUGAAAAUGAAACAAUCCACCAUCAUCCUUCAGGCAGCAUUUAGAGGCUGGUGUGUCAGGAGGGACAUUAACCGACAAAAUCAAGCUGCUAUUGUGAUCCAGUCGUGCUGGAGAUGCUCAGUGCACAGGCGUAUCUUCCAAAGGAAGAGGGAGGCAGCUGUGAAACUUCAGCAGAAGGUUCGGGCAGUGCAGCUCGGCAGGUUGGAGAGAAACAACUACACCCGAAUGAGACAAGCUGCUAUCACACUUCAGACACACUGCCGAGCCUGGACUGCACGACGACAGGUACUAGAGGGAGUCAUGGCAGAGAGGAGGCUUCGUUUUACAUCGGCGGCCUUCCACCAUCUUAGUGCCAUAAAGAUCCAAAGAGCUCUGAGAGCCCACUGGGCUUUGGAGUCGGCCAAAAGACAAAUCCAUUCUGUCAUCACCAUACAGCGAUGGGUGAGAGCGAGGCAGCAGAGGAGGCGAUAUCUGGAGGACAGGAGGAAGGUUGUCACAGCCCAGAGAGCAGUCAAGCGCUGGUUAGCGCGUCGCCACAAGGCUGCGGCCGUCAUCCAGCAGGCCGUCCAUAAAUUCCUCCUCCUUAGGCGCCAAAAGAGGGUUCAACAGGGAAUUGUCAAAGCUCAGGCUCUGUGGAGAGGACAUCGCUCCCGCCGACUGAAUGAUAAUCCCAAGGUGUUGAAGUUGAGACACCGCUUACGUGAAGUCUCCGCUGGUGUCCGAGAGGAGGACAAAUUGUGCAACAAGACGUCAUCUGCCCUAGACUACCUCCUUCGAUACAAACACUUCUCCUACAUUCUAGAGUCCCUAAAAAACCUGGAGACCGCCACUAGGCUGUCCCCAGAGUGCUGUGAGCGGCUGGUAGAGAGCGGAGCCACCAACGUCAUCUUCACACUCAUCCGCUGCUGCAACAGGAGCGUCCCCUGCAUGGACGUCAUCACCUACUCCAUUCAGAUCCUCCUCAACCUCUCCAAGUACCACAAGACCAUUGAGGCAGUGUAUUCAGUGGAAAACUCAGUGGAAACGCUGCUGGACAUGCUGCAGAGAUAUCGGGAGAAGGCAGGGGAUAAAGUGGCAGAAAAGGGUGGCAGCAUCUUCACCAAGGCCUGCUUCCUGCUGGCUCUCCUCCUGCAAGACCAGCACCGUGCUGUGGAGGUUAUGAAACUUCCCAAGGUCUUGGAUAGGAUACAAAGUAUUUACCGCCUCACUGCUCGCAAACUCAAGAUGGACAGAGAAAGAAGUGUUGUCAAACAGAAGAUGAACGCGUCAGUCAAUGGGAGCUUCUUCAUUCCAGCAACGCCUCGUAAAUCCCGCCCUGUGCCAAAAUUUGCUCCAGAUUGGAUUCUCAGAAAGGACAAGCUAAAAGAUAUUGUGGACCCUCUUAGGGCUAUUCAGAUGGUGGCAGAAACACUCUCAAUUGUGUUGUAAAUAAGACUGAAAUCUUGAUUUGCCAUCUUUGUUUUUCCUUCAGUAUAUAUUGUUUUAUAUAUGCUUAAAGAUUUUUUUUACCAAUGCAUUUUCAUGUAUUACAUGUAUAUAUUAAAAUGAAUUUGUUUCUUAAACAUGGGACAGAUUCACGGAUCUUU